AUGGCGGUCACCAACCAAGGCGACAAGCUAUCGUUGCUGAGAAGACAGGUAGGUCAUAUGAUAUUCUUCAAUUAUGAUACAGGAAAGCCGGAGAAAUACAAGGGGUUUAUGAAGAUCUGUAUGCCUCCUGUGGCGCGUAUGGAGGGGGAGAAUAAAAUGACUGAGCAGUAG